AUGCACGCGCUCGGAAUGAUGCAAUCCCCUGGCCUCAGCUUACGUCUCUCGCCGUCCGGCCACCGCCUCUCUCCACCUUCACCGGUCACCGUAAUUACCAAAAGAUGCUCCUCUCCCAGUUCAUUAUCCUUCGUCACUCCCAUCAAAUGCGGUUCUAUCUUGUCCUAUCCCUCUUCAGCAAGUGAAGCCAUGAAGUUCGCCGAAGGUUCUAAGAAGGAGAACUUAGUUCCGCUUCGCCACACCAUUUUCUCCGACCAUCUCACUCCUGUUCUCGCUUACCGUUGUCUUGUCAAAGAAGAUGAUCAAGAGGCUCCAAGCUUCCUUUUCGAAUCAGUUGAGCCAGGACAUCACUCUUCCACUGUUGGAAGAUAUAGUGUGGUUGGAGCACACCCUAAAAUGGAAAUUGUGGCUAAGGAGAACAAAGUGACAGUCAUGGAUCAUGUCAAAGGUACUUUGACAACAGAGGAGGUUGAAGAUCCAAUGUUGAUUCCUAGAAGAAUCUCAGAGACUUGGAAACCUCAAUUGAUCGAUGAGCUUCCUGAUGCUUUUUGUGGUGGAUGGGUUGGUUACUUUUCUUAUGAUACCGUUCGUUAUGCUGAAAAGAGAAAGUUACCAUUCUCCAAGGCUCCUAUAGAUGACAGGAACUUACCAGACAUGCAUCUUGGUCUUUAUGAUGAUGUGAUUGUCUUUGAUCAUGUCGAAAAGAAAAUGCAUAUUAUUCAUUGGGUGAGGUUAUCUGACAACUCAUCACUUGAUGAUGUUUAUGCUAAUGGUGUGAAACACUUGGAAGAGCUGGUUUCGAAGAUCAAAUGCAUAACUCCCCCCAAGCUACCUUAUGGAUCAGUAGACCUACACACAAAUCAAUUUGGCACUCCUUUGGAAAAUUCAAGCAUGACAAGCGAUGCGUAUAAGAAUGCUGUACUUCAGGCCAAAGAACACAUCUUAGCGGGAGAUAUCUUUCAGAUUGUUUUAAGUCAACGAUUUGAGCGCCGCACCUUUGCUCAUCCGUUUGAAGUUUAUAGAGCUCUAAGGAUUGUGAACCCAAGUCCUUCUAUGUGUUACUUGCAAGCUAGAGGUUGUAUACUAGUAGCUUCAAGUCCUGAAAUUCUCACUCGAGUGAAGAAAAACAAGAUCGUGAAUAGACCACUAGCAGGAACUGCAAGACGGGGCAAGACUUUUGAAGAGGAUCAGAUGUUGGAGGAGGCACUAUUAAAAGACGAAAAACAGUGUGCGGAACACAUCAUGCUGGUUGACUUGGGUCGCAACGAUGUUGGAAAGGUAUCGAAGAACGGUUCGGUGAAGGUGGAAAGGUACAUGGAUAUAGAGCGUUAUUCCCAUGUCAUGCAUAUCAGCUCAACGGUGACUGGAGAGUUGCAAGAUAAUCUGACUUGCUGGGACACUCUUCGUGCGGCUUUGCCAGUUGGAACUGUUAGCGGAGCUCCAAAGGUGAAAGCUAUGGAGUUAAUUGACGAGCUAGAGGUGACCAGAAGAGGUCCAUAUAGUGGUGGAUUCGGUAGUGUUUCAUUUACAGGAGACAUGGACAUUGCUUUGGCACUUAGGACCACUGUGUUCCCUACACAAGCUCGUUACGACACAAUGUACUCAUACAAAGACAGCAACACGCCGCGCCGUGAGUGGAUAGCUUAUCUCCAAGCAGGUGCAGGCAUUGUAGCCGAUAGUGACCCAGAAGAUGAGCACCGUGAGUGCCAGAACAAAGCUGCGGGACUCGCACGCGCCAUCGACUUGGCUGAGUCUGCAUUCGUUAAUAAAAGUGAUACAACCAUCUAG